UUAUCACAAACACACAAUUCUCAAAUCAAAUCCCUAUCAAUUUGCAAUGGCAUCAUCCAUGACCAUGACCGCCUCGUUCUUGGGCAGCGCCGUCGCGGCUAAGCCGGCCGCGGCCACCACCCGCCGCGGCUCUCUGGCGGUGAGGGCCUCGAUGGACUCGGAGGCGAAGGCGGCGGAGACCGCCAACACGAGGCGGGGCCUCGUGCUGGCGGUGGUGGCCGCAGCAGCGUCGUCUGUCGCGAAAGUCGCGAUGGCCGACGAGGAGCCGAAGCGAGGAAGCAUUGAGGCUAAAAAGAAGUAUGCGCCUAUUUGUGUUACAAUGCCUACGGCUCGUAUUUGUCGCAAUUGAAUUUGAUGGUUCGAUGUUAAUAAGGGAUUUGAUGUUCGGAGAAAUGAUGUAAAAUCGUAUUCUUGUUUGAUUAAUUAUGGUAUUUUUAUGAUGCUUAA